CUUUUUCUCUUAUCUUUUCAGGCAAAAAAGCAUCGGAAUACGUUUCGUCUUCAAAAUGUUUCCAUACAAUUCUACAAAAUCAAUUCGUGAGCUUGAAAUGUGCGCAGUAUUGUCGGUGUUGCAUGUUCAUCAUGAUAUUCAAAAAUAACCAUAAACAUCAAAUUUAACUACAAAGUUACAUUCAAAAUAAUUACAAUAUAAAACUACGAACAAAACAUUCCCAAUAUUAUUUAAAUUUGUUUAUUAAACAUACAAAAGUAGAACUUAUAAAUCUAACAUUUAUCUUUUAACCAAUAAUUUUGUGCGUGGAUCUGAGAAUUUUUCUUUCAUCGGUAUAAUGGAUAACAAUACACCAGGAUUCGAUGAUGAUCCACCACCAGAGCCCCGGGAUGGUUGGCUCCUGGUAAGAAUUCACGUACCCGAGCUCAAUGUAUACAAAUGCUUGCAAUUCCCGGCCGAUCGACUUGUUUGGGAUGUGAAACAACAAGUGUUAGCUUCGUUACCUAAGGUCGCUUUUUGGUUUAAGGAACUCAAAGAAAGUUUCAACUAUGGACUAUUUUGCCCGCCUUCAAACGGCAAAGCAGGAAAGUUUCUCGAUGAAGAACGUCGUUUAGGAGAUUACCCAUUCAAUGGACCUGUCGGAUAUUUAGAACUAAAAUACAAAAGACGUGUUUACAAGAUGCUAAAUUUAGAUGAACGGCAGUUAAAAGCCUUACAUACAAGAGCUAACCUUCGAAGAUUCCUUGAAUGCGUUAAUGGCGGGCAUGUGGAGAAAAUUGCCAAAAUGUGUGCAAAAGGGCUGGACCCCAAUUUCCAUUGUCCGGAAAGUGGUGAAACUCCAUUGACUGUGGCUACCGGAGCUAAAAAACCAAAUAAACUUCUGAUCGCACUAGUAAAUGGCGGUGCUUUGCUGGACUAUCGAACGAAGGACGGAGCAACGGCUCUUCACAAAGCUGUCGAAAAGGACUCGCUGGAAGGUGUAACCACCCUUUUGGAACUUGGGGCAUCCCCCAAUUAUAAAGAUGGACGUGGUAUUACUCCGUUAUAUAUCUCAGUAACAAAAAAAUGUGAUCCUAAAAUAACAGAAAGCCUGCUGCAUGAUCAUGCAACUCUUGGCAUUCAAGAUAAUCAAGGUUGGCAGGAAGUUCAUCAGGCUUGCCGGCAUGGUCUAGUCCACCAUUUGGAACAUUUAUUGUUUUAUGGUGCGGACAUGGAUGGCCGUAACGCUUCCGGUAAUACACCAUUGCAUGUUUGCGCUGUUAACAACCAAGAGGCUUGUGCUAGAAUGCUUCUUUUUCGGGGUGCCCAACGUGAGGCCCUUAAUUAUGCAAAUCAAACUCCCUAUCAGGUCGCAGUGAUUGCUGGAAAUCUAGAGCUCGCGGAGGUUAUACAGAACUAUAAAACAGAUGACAUUGCAGUACCCUUCCGUGGUCCUCCGCGUUAUAAUCCUAAGCGCCGUUCUGGAGUUGGAUGGAUGACAGGUAAUGGAAGUAUAAGUGGUGGUGGUGGAAGCUUCAUGGGUACUUUGACAAGAAAUAGCUCAUGUGGUCCACCAUCCCCAUGCCCAUCUGAACACAUGCCAUACAGCUCGGCUAGUUCGAGUUUGUCUGAGGGAUCAUCAGGCCAUCGAUCACAUGAGGAUGAUAUCAGCAUAGUUACAGAUAAAAGUCUAGGUGACACCAGUGACAUAAUCAGUGACUCUUCUGGGGUGGGGACGAAUUCUGAUAGUGCUGCCUGUUCUAUUGGUCACCCCAGUACAACGGUAGUAUGUAUGGAACCAUAUGCUGGAAAUUCCGUGGGACAUAUUCGUUUACAACCAGGCGAUGUGAUUGAGGUUGUUGGUUCAACAGACUGCGGAUUACUGGAGGGCUAUGUACGUGGUACUAGUGCAUCAGGAUUUUUUCCGGUGGAGUGUGUACAAGAGGUGAAUUUUCGCCAAAAAAAUAUUACGAAUGUAUCAACAGCGACGAAUAUUUCGAAUUCACAUUCUCAACAACAGAAUCAACAAUUCCAAGGAUCUCCCGGGAUGCAGCGAUCACAAGGGCCAACUGCUAAUGGUGGAGGUGGCCACUACAAUAGUUCAACAGCACCAAGAGUAAAGAAACCCGUUAUGGGUGAACCUCGAACUGUUGUACUUCAUCGAGCUAAACGUGGUUUUGGUUUUAUUCUGCGUGGAGCUAAAGCAUCAUCACCACUAAUGCAAUUAAAACCGUCCGACAGAUUUCCAGCUUUACAAUAUCUUGAUGAUGUUGAUCCUGGUGGGGUUGCUGAUAUGGCUGGCCUAAGACCUGGAGAUUUCCUACUCGCCAUUGGUGGUGAAGAUGUCCGUGCAGCGUCUCAUGAGAAAGUCGUUGACAUGAUCCGAUCUUCAGGAGCAUUGGUGUCUAUGACAGUCAUAUCGCCCCAAUAUCCACAUCAGAUGCAGUCGGCAGCAGUAGCUGCUGUAGCAGCGGCGCAGCAUCACCAACAAUUUCAAGUUCAACAUUACCAAGGACCAAGUACGCCACAAGCAGCGCGACAAUGCUCGACAUUACCGCGUAAAAUGUCUCUAGGUCAACCAGGUAUAGGAGCGAGCGGAAGAAUGCCAGCACCAAUGCCCCCGCGACGUGAUCCUAAAACUACGCUUAGUGUUGGUAGAGCCCGAGCCAAGUCGAUGGUGGCGGGUCUUGAAAACGGUGGUGAGAAAGAAGAUGAAGACAUUCCAGCAAAAUCCAGUUCAAUUGAAUCCAUAUCGACAACGCCUACUCAAAAUCCCAGCACCCCAGUCCAACUUCGAACUGCAAGUAUCAAAGCCCGACCAACUUCAAGCCGUAUUACAGCUGCCGAGCUGGAGGAAUUAUUUCAACGGCAGCAAGGUGAAGUAGCUGACGGUAUGAAUCGUUACUCAACUAUGAUGACAACUUCAAGAUUCCAAUCAGGUACUGAUAGUGGAGCUGCAACACCACCAAGUAGUGGCUCACCAAUGAAAGCCCCACUUGUCUACGCUAGCGUUGCUGACAUGAAACGAAAAAAAACAAAGAAUGGUACACUACGUGGAAAACCAUGUGCAAUUCCUACAGUUGGAGUUGGGGGAAGUGAAUUGAAAAGAUUUCAUUCGACACCUGACUUGAAUUCACAUUUGAUUAGCUCAUCUUCAUCGAUUUGGAAUGCAAUAGGCAAAGGUCACCAUUCUCAAGAUGAUGUGGCCACACUUCAUGCAUCAAUGCAGCGAUUAAAUUUACCACCUCCUACUCACCCACCACCACCCCCACCUGUUGGACAAGUUGUUAAAGUGGAUGUCUCACGAAGCUCAUCCGAGUAUGAGAGUACUCUCACUCUGCAACAAAAACUACAAAAAAGAGGAGAUGUAACUGAUAGCUGUGGACCCGCCGAUGGCGUUGCGUCCAGUUUCAAUCCAUCGGCAAAUGCAAAGUUGUAUGCAUCGCCGCAGGAUCUAAGAAACGUUGUUAGUUGGAAAUUACGACGGACCGCUUCACAAGAGCACAAUCGCCAAGCACAACCCUCAAACCAGUCAUCGAACACAACGCAACAAUUGUUACAACAACCUCCUCCUGCACCACCCGAACCAAUAGCUCAAACUCUUCUUCAACAACAAAAACAGCAGCCGAAGCAACAACCAGUCAAUGUUGCGCAAAAAUGUCAAUAUGCCCAGCCCACACGUCAGUUUGUAGGGCAAAUUCCUACGCUUCAACAACAAUACUCGCAUCCUCAAAAUUCCGCAACGCUUCCAACUGGAACUGCACCACCGAUUCCAGAGCCUGAUUACAGUCUGAGUGAAUCAGACGGAGAAGACGAAAAUUCAAUUUUGGUUGCGAGAAACACAAAGCUCAAUGAAAAAAUAGCCUUGCUAGAUAUGCCUGAAACUAGUGGAAACAGUAAUACCAGUGGAAGCAGCUCUGGUGGAUCAAUUUCACAUUCUUUUUCUGUCGAUGAAAUCCAAAGGAUACGUACAAAUUUAAAGACAUCAAAAUCGUAUCCUAAUGAUUUACUGAAACCAGAAAACCAAAAUGAUAUUGAGUUAGUAACCCAAAAAAAUAACAAUAGUAAUUCACGCUCCCCGCCCAACGCCGUUGAACACAUUGAAGAAGGUGACAACUCCUCGUCGGGUGUCAGCAGUGAUCAGGAAAUUCCAACAAAUUCUGGUCAAACUACGACAAACCAAGAUACCCUAAAAAAGAAACCAUUGACGCUUUCAGUUGGAAUGACAACGCCAAAGCAACAAUCUCCUCUAGCCAAACAACCUUCGCAACAACAGACACAACCAAUCAAACCUUCGACAGUAACAGCAACCAAAGUAAAUGCAUUGCUUAUCACGAGCAAGCAAUUAGCACCCACACUGUCACCUGCCCUUGCAUCUAAAAUCAUUAUGGGACCCAAUUUACGAAAGCAUGAGGAGCCCAUAACCACCGUAGGCAGCACAAAACAUUGUAUAAGCAUAAGUAGCAACAACAACCACGAUCAUGACACCGAAGAAGAACAACGCAGUGAAGACGAUGGUGAACUGAGUCCCAGUCCACCAGCAAAAGCAUUCCAACGACAUAACUCUCUUACGCGUAAGCAAGCAGCCAGUAUCGCAAUGGCACGGGCAACUCGCGCUGCAGUGUCAUUAGUGCAGUUGCCUCCACCUAUUGAAGCAGACAGUGAUACUGAGAUGAUGGCUGCUUCUACAGGAGGCAGUGGAGCGUCUGGAAAUGAAUCAUGCACAGAAAACCUUGUCCUAGCCCCACCGCCACAGUUUUGUGAUUGUAAUGAUAUGAAACAUUCUAAAAGCACUGUUGGUGGUGGUACAACUAGCGGAGGAGCAAAUGUAGCAAGUUCAACGGGAAAUCGGGUUCGUAUUGUAGGGGCAGUGCCAAAAGCAAAUCGCUUAAAUAGUCAAUAGAUAUAUAAAAACAAGUAUGAGAAGAUAUUUAAAUUAUGUAUAAGUUAAGUAUAUUUAAUAUUUAAGAAAGAACAAAACAUAAUUAUCAUGCAUAUAAUAAAACCAAUAUAACGAUAAAAAUGUAACUAAAAAGUUUCUAUGGGAAAAAUGAAAUAUGCUUUAAAUGCAACUUUCUAGAAAAAAAUUAUUAACUCUAUCAUAAUGUUAUACAGUGAAAAAGAAAUUGAAAAAAUUGUGCAUUGUUGCAUGCAGAUUCAUUCGCACUGAUGUAAAUUUUACAUACGAAAGUUUCUAUAAAUAAUUCUCUUUAUUUUUACUGAUAACCAUUUUUCUAAAAAUCAAACCGAACAUUUCAAACUAUCUUUUAAAACAUCUCCAUUAUAAUUUUUGUUAAGAUAAUUUUGCAUAAAAGUUCAAUAGAAAAACUUUGAAGGUUCUUUUAAUUUUGAUCGAUUAAAUAUUUUGUUUUUAGUCAAGAAGUAAGAACAUUUUACUUUUCUUUAGUUAAGUUUUUUUUCGAUUUCAAAGUCUUCAGAUGUAAAAAAAAAUGUAAAGCCAUUUACAAUAAUUGUCAAUUCAGUUGUCUGUCGAUAAUAUAUUUUUGACUCUUCUACUAGCUGAUAUAAAAUAUGUAUGUUUUAUAUUAUAAAUCAUCUAUCUUAAUGGCGUUCACUAUGUUUUUCAUAAAAGACAACAUCAUCAUCAGAAAAUUCUAAAUAAAAGUAACGGUAUGAUACUAAGAAUAUACCACCGUUCUAACUCCAAUAUUUUUAGCUUUCCUAAAAAGUAUUACUGUUGUUUUUAAUAUUUUUGUUUACAAGAAUUUCAACAAAAAUAUAGUGAUCGAAAUUUACACGUUAUGUAUAACAUUAAUAAAUGUGAACAAAUUUGGCUCCCAUAGAGAGAGGGAGAGUUUGGAACAAAUUCCUUGUGUGACAGUCAGCUCAACCAUAUUAUUCUUACAAAAAU